UAUGUUGCAGUUAAGUUUAUGUCGUUCUUAUCAAAAUGACGCAUUCCGUUUUCGGAAAAUGGAAAAAUACACAUGUAUACACACAGACAUGCGCAGUGAAGCGAUUGUUGUAGUAACAUCUCCAUUUCAGUAUGAAAUCGGUCUCAUAUGCAUGUUCUUGCAAAUUUGACGAUUACCUUUAUUAUGCACGGUGAAGUGGAUUAAGAUUAAGAUCUGCAUCGAAACAACUAGAUAUAAGAAAAUGGAAGACGAAAAAGAAUUGGAAGCUAAAUUAAAGCAGUUUCCAUCCAACUUUGACCUACUUGAAGAAGUAGAGCAGAUGUCUAAAGAAUAUGCGAAGAAAGUGAAGGAAAAGUUAUUGCAGGAGCAUGAAUCAACGCCAUACGACACUAACAUGGAAACCCUCAGGGCUUGGAAUUUGAUAUCGUUUCUUAGUUUUGUACUUGGAAAUGAGGCUGAAGCAUUUACAUAUAAUUCAAAGGUUUUAGAACUUAGCAAAGAUAAUAUUGUUGGCUUAUGUAAUAAAGCAUGGUUUUUGUUAAAGAAACAGGAACAGUAUUGCAGUAUCAGAGACAUAUGUAAGCAACUUAAGGAACAUAUUGCAAGCAGAGCCGUUUUUCUAACUGCAAAGGCAGAAAUAGCAUUUUGCUACUCUAGAUUUGGCGUAAAGCGGUAUGAAAAGUCGCGUCUGUUAUUCAAAGAAGUACUCGAUGAGUGCGCAAAAAUGAACGCCUUAGGUGAAUAUGUCAGAUGUACAUCAAACGAAACAGAAUAUUCUGAACACACUUCUAUUUCGACAAAUAGUAUUUGUAUCUGGACUUUUGGAUACGCGCUUACUUUCAAAAGAAUGCUGAAUUUUAAUAAUAUCCAUGACGCGUCUUCUCUAGACUUAUCAAAACAAACGCAUGUCACAUUAUGUGUCCUUUACAGUCGCAUCAUUGAUAUGAAAGGCCGAAAUAGAUGUCUGGAUCGAUAUAAAGCAAGGUCGUAUGUUGAAAUUGGGUCACUAGUUUACAAUGCUAGAAAAAACAAGGGCAGAUUUCCAAACGGUGUAAAAGAUAUUUUACCUGAACAUAGACACCUUUGGAAGCAAACAGAAACAUAUUAUACGACUGCUGUAGAACUUUGUCCGGAUGACAUUUUUGUGUUAGAACGGAGCGGAAAAUAUUUUCGGUAUAUUAAUAAGAUAGAAAAGUCUAUUGAACUUCUGAAAAAAGCAAUUGCGAUUAGAGACACUGCUUUCUCGCAUCACCAUCUGGCACUGUCUUUAAAGCGGCAGAUAGAGCGUGAAUCGCAGAAUACCGACCGCAGCAUUGACGGAGCUACUGACAUUGCAUCAGAGGAAAGACUGAACGUAUCCAGAAAUCUCUUAAGUAAAUUCGAAAAAGCAGAAGGCAGUAAUCAGUCUCAAAAACCAAGACACAGAAAAACAUUGACCAAAAGUUACAGUUCGAAGGCUUCGAAAUCAGCUGCAUCAUCUGCAAGAAUGACUGCAGAACAAAGGCAACAAGCAUGGUACACUGAAGCAGACAAAACAGAUGUUCAGACACCUCAUGCAGCAGGACUUUCCGAACAACUUGGCCUGAAACGUCAAGAUUUAGAAACAGAUCCGAAAUCCCCAACAUCACAUGCGGCUGCCACAUGUCCAACGAAUUUAUUACAUGAUCCGAGUACUGAACAUAUAAGUGACAUGCUAAAACAUACAUCUUUAGAUUCAGCUUAUGAAUCAAUGCUAUUUGAUUCGAAUUUGCCACAAAACGAACAUUAUGACGACACAUUGGAAACAUCCGGGCAACUGCGCCAAUCAACAAGAUCAAAUCGCAAGGACAUUUCUUCAUAUAACAGUAAAGAAAGGUUGCUCAGAAAAGAAGACUAUACACAGGGAUGGAAUAACAACAGUCAGAACCAACAUAGUAUUGGACGUACAAGAAACAAAUUAAGAAGUUAUUCUAGCGGUAAGAAAUUUGAACGCAGUAUCUCCGAGCAGCCAGCUGCUUACCAUUAUCGUGGAAAUACAGACUAUUUGUCAAAGGGGAGACCGGGAAGAAUGGAUUAUAGAUCAGCGUUUAGGAAAGGACGAUCUUUGGAAGGCCAUCAUGCAUCCAGUGAUAGAACGGCUGUCAUAAACAUGUUAAAGAGUCCUCAAAAACCAAAAUAUAUUGACAAAGUCGAAAAGGGAGAAACCAUUGAAAAAAUAAUAUAUCAUUUGGAUAAAUCUGUUGAAAAGUCAAAUAACUGCGGAGCCAUUUAUGACAAGGGUAUUUUAUACAGACAAACAGAACAGCACAGGGAAGCUCUGGCGACAUUUAAGACUCUUAUUAGAAACGAAGGCGGGUAUUGUUCACAUAUACAGUUAUCAAAUGCAUUUGAACAAGCAGGGUUAUGUCUAUACGACAUUCUGUGCGAAUCUGGUGAGGAGAAUGAAAGUCUCGAGUACGAUAUGAGGAUGUAUUUUAAGAAAUCUAUAGAAAUAUCAUGCAUGCUUGUUUCCAAAAUUCCAUUCCUGAAAGAUUGCUGGGUUUCUGCGCCUACUUUACAUGCAUUUUUAUCAGGAAAAGCAAAAACCAAAGAAACGUUAAAAGACUUGUCAUUUUUGUUUAAGAAAUUCGAAAACUACGGUGAAGCUAUUACUGUUCUGAACGAAUUGAAGAAGCUGUCUGAAGACGAAAUCGAGAAAGCUAAGAUAGAUUUGGAACUUGUUCAACACUACCUGUGUGAUAGGAAAUAUGACGAUGCUGUAUUGGCCUUAGAUAUGAUUAUGUGUCUCCCGGAUGGUUAUACGCUCAUAGAUGAAAACCUUUACCUGCGGGUACACAUAGAUGGUGGAAUUGAUGCAUUGAAGAAUGGAGACUCUGAAAUGGCCCGUCUGAGGUUGAGAAACGCAUUAGAUUUUCACAGAUGUAAAAACGUUGUUAAUGAAAUCGAAGAUGACGAAAAUGAAAGCGACCAAGAUAAGGAAGAAAAUAGUUUCGAUAUUUUUAUUCUUUGCAAUACAAAUACUGAGGACCGAAUUACAAACCUAAUGAAAGCAAUAACUGAAUUUACUCUCAGAGUUACACUUAACUUUCUUCACGUUAUGCCCGGAGAGCUGAAACUGUCUGGAAUAUGUCAUAUAAUGAGACGUUCAAAGCAUGUUCUGCUUAUUUGUGAUGAUGAACCUUUAGAAAAACGGGUGUUGCAUUACUUUGAAAUGAUGCAAGAGAUAAUAUUUGAGAGGGGAUACGGACAUAUAGUGAUUUUAACGGCAAAUCAAGAUGUUGUCGUUCACAAACAUAUCUCUUUGUUUCCCAGAAUUUAUAUGGACUUAAACUUUAAUGCUGAAGAUACUGGCACAAAAAGCCAUGAAAAUGAACUUGUGUGUGAAAAGAUAAAAGAACUUUUGACUAAGUUAGCAUGCAGCAAAGGAAAAGUUUAAAUCACAAUUUGUAAACCAUGUUUCCGAAAUUAUUAUAUCCACGACUUAUAAAUAUUACAUUUUUAAGUGGUUGUGAUGGACAUACAAGAAACUAUAAAAUAUAAAGAUAGAUAUAUUUA